AUGCUAUCAAACUUCUGCAACAUCCAAUCCAGCUCCAGCAAAUCGUCGACAACUGCCUUGGGACUCCAGGGCGAGAUGGAGAACAUCCGAAUUGAAGGAGAUAGGACAGCACCGCGCAACACCGUCAAAGUUAUCGUGGAGCGAGACCAAAAUGUGAAGCUACUCCGGGAACGAUCAGGAUCGCUGCAGGCUCUCCCGAGAGUGAAGCUUCAGCGAGAAAAAUUGUUUCCUAUCAGAAUGGAUGCAGUCCGGAAAACCGGCAUGUUUGAUGAUCUGGGAGAAGAAGAGCGACAUUUAGGAAAAUCUCGCGUCAAUGGCGGUCUAUCUGGCGAAGGGAGGCCAUAG